AUGACCUACGAGCAGUGCGCGCUGCUAAGGGACCAGACGAGGGCCGAUCCGAGUGGCAAGGCCGACAAGGUCGAUCAAGCCGCUCAAACGACCCCUCCUCGUAAUUUAGGAGGGGUGAGCAAAAAAGACGCCCCAGAGUCCGAACCGAAGAUAAGCGCUUCAAAGAGAAGACAGCCCGGCGACAUAGACGCACCAACUACCAAGCGUCGUAACGUGGCCAGUGGGCCCAAGAGGAUCGCGCAGAAGCCCACCGACCAGAGUACGCGGGCUACAGGCGAGGGCUGGCAACAAAGGGAAACCAUCGUUAUAGCUGCGACCGGCAAGCUCUCCUAUGCUGAAAUGCUGCGUAAAGUCAAAGGCGAGCCCAAACUGAAGCAGCUAAAUGAAGUGGUCCACAAAAUCAAGAGGACACAGAAAGGCGACCUACUGCUGCAACUGGACAAAAACGGAAAGAAAACGGAAGAGCUGAAGAAUGCAGUGAGCUCCCUGCUAGGGGACCAGGCGCUAGUAAGAAGCCUGAAGCAACGCGGUACAGUCGAAUGCAGGGAUGUCGACGAAAUCACCUCAAAGAGGGACAUUUGCGAGGCCAUAAAGAGCCAAUAUGGGCUGGCAAAGGCAGAGAUAGUUGGCCUGAGAAAGGCCUACGGCGGUACGCAAACGGCAACAAUCAGCCUGUCGCAAGAGGAAGCCAACAAGCUGCUAGCUGGUGGCAAAUUAAGAGUAGGCUGGGUGGUGUGCCGACUAAGGGAGCACAGAGCACUGGUGAAGUGUUACCGCUGCUUGGAAUUCGGACAAAUUGCCAAGCAAUGUAAAGCAAUAUGCGACCGCUCAAAGGUCUGCCGACGAUGCGUAGAGGAUUGGCGCAUCGCAAAAGUGUGCUCCAAAGAUCCCCUGUGCUUUUCUUGUAAAGGCGUACCAAAUGCUGACGCUAAACACAUAGCGGGGAGCAGUAAGUGCCCGUUAUUCAAACGAGCUUUAGCUGCUAAGGACGCAAAUGAGAAUCAUGCAAAUUAA